AAUGGUAAAAGAUGUUUUAUUUACUUUGAUGCGAUCCUAAUGUGUCAAAGAACAUGGCUGCCCCUGUGAAACAACAACUUUCUCUGCUGGCAAAUCUGUCUCAUGCCGGCGGUUCUCACAAGGACGUCACUGAAAAAUAUAAAGCCAUACUUGAAGCUGUAUUGAAAACUGGUGGAGCUGACUUGAUCCCAUCUCUGCAAGCCUUUGUAGAAGCUUUGGUGAAUGAAAAUGUGAGCCUGGUGAUAUCUCGGCAGAUUCUGUCAGAUUUCACCUCCCAGCUGUCUAAGCUACCAGAUGCUAUAGCAAAGCAGGUGGCACACUACACACUAGACAAGAUACACACAAGAGUCAUAUCUUUUGAAGAACAGGUUGCAGCCAUUAGACAACACUUAGCAGACAUCUACGAGCGGGAGCAGUGCUGGAGGGAAGCAGCAAACGUCUUGGUUGGAAUUCCACUGGAGACUGGACAGAAGCAGUACAGCACUGACUACAAGCUAGAGACAUACCUGAAGAUUGCCCGAUUGUACCUGGAGGAUGAUGAUCCUGUGCAAGCAGAGGCGUACAUCAACCGUGCAUCUCUCCUCCAGGCUGACACGCAGAACGAACAUCUCCAGAUACACUACAAGGCGUGUUAUGCACGAGUACUGGAUUUCAGAAGAAAGUUUAUUGAGGCUGCCCAGCGAUACAAUGAAUUGUCAUACAAGACAAUUGUAGCAGAGCAAGAGAGGCUGACAGCGUUAAAGAAUGCACUCAUCUGUACCAUACUGGCUUCAGCAGGUCAGCAGAGAUCCCGCAUGCUGGCAACUUUAUUCAAGGACGAGAGGUGUCAGCAGCUGCCAGCCUUCAACAUCCUUGAGAAGAUGUACUUAGAUCGCAUCAUCCGCAGCAGUGACCUCCAGGACUUUCAAGCCUUGUUGCAACCCCACCAGAAAGCCAUCACAGCAGACGGGUCAACCAUUUUGGACCGAGCAGUGAUAGAACACAACUUGCUCUCUGCUAGUAAACUUUAUAACAACAUUUCAUUUGAAGAGCUGGGCUCCCUCCUGGAGAUUCCUCCACAGAAGGCAGAAAAGAUUGCCUCUCAGAUGAUCACCGAAGGCCGUAUGAAUGGGAACAUAGACCAGAUUGACUCCAUUGUCCAUUUUGAAGCACGAGAGACACUUCCCACCUGGGACCGGCAGAUUCAGAGCCUUUGUUUCCAGGUGAACCACAUCAUUGAGAAGAUCUCCCAGACUGCACCGGAAUGGAUGCUGAAGACAAUGGAGGCACAGAUCCAGCAGUGACAGACAUCGCACAACUGUCAACACGAACACAACUGUCAGCUUUAACACUUGACAAUAACUUGGAGAUAGUAAUGCAACAUACUUCUGGGCAGUCCUGCUCAGUAUGUGACGAAUAUGUUGGAGGUGCCUCACUUCCAGUCAUGUUAACUUGUAAUUUGUUAUGGCGACGAUGAUACAUCUGUUACUUUAUGAGGAAUGUAUGUUCGUCAUGUGAAAUGAUCUAUGACACUAAAGACUGGUGAACAUCUCUGUCCUGUUGAAGAGACCUCUCUGGCCAGGUGACCAGUGACUAGCUGCAGACUGCUCCUAAUGGAUCAGAACUUCCAGCAAAUGUGCCCUCACAGAUGGUGAUGACAUUGUAAAUGUGAUCACGAAUGCAAGUGAAAAGUGCUUAUGAGAAUAAAGUAUUUAUAUUCAUGAA